GCGAGAAAGGAGGGGACAGAAAGACAGCGAACACCGCCACUGAAAAGCUGGACUGAUUUUCCUAUAGCCAACAGCUUUGUAACAUUUGCUAUUGAGAAAACAGAAGAAAAAUAAAGGAAACUAAGGGAGAAAGUGCACAGAGUAAGAAGAAAAAAGCAUAGCUGGGGGAUUUAAAGGAGCGGGGCAUGUGGAUAUUGGCUAUUAUCUUUUUCCACAGCAUCUUGAAUGUUUUCAGUGAAGAUCUACGUUCCAGCUUAUAUUUUGUCAAUGCAUCUCUGCAAGAGGUAGUGUUUGCCAGCACCACAGGGACCCUGGUGCCCUGUCCCGCGGCGGCCGUGCCCCCGGCAUCACUGCGCUGGUACCUCGCCACCGGAGAGGAGAUCUAUGACGUCCCAGGGAUCCGCCACGUCCACCCCAACGGCACUCUCCAGAUCUUCCACUUCCCCCCCUCAAGCUUUAGCAACUUAAUCCAUGAUAACACGUACUAUUGCACAGCCGAAAAUCCUUCAGGGAAAAUUAGAAGCCAAGAUGUUCAUAUUAAGGCCGUCUUACGGGAGCCCUAUGCGGUCCGCGUGGAGGACCAGCGAGCCAUGAGGGGCAAUGUAGCGGUGUUCAAGUGCAUUAUCCCUGCCUCUGUGGAGGCCUACAUCACUGUUGUAUCGUGGGACAAAGACACAGUCUCGCUUGUCUCAGGAUCUAGAUUUCUCAUUACAUCCACGGGAGCCUUGUAUAUUCUAGAUGUACAGAAUGAGGACGGAUUGUAUAACUACCGCUGCAUCACACGGCAUCGCUACACCGGCGAAACCAGGCAAAGCAACAGUGCCCGCCUCUUUGUCUCAGACCCGACAAACUCCGAGCCGGUGAUCCUGGAUGGCUUUGACCGGCGUGAGGUCAUGGCCUCCCAUCGGGUGGAGCUUCCCUGCAAGGCAUCAGGGCACCCAGCCCCCAAGUACCGCUGGCUGAAAGACAACAGCCCCCUGGAGUCGGACACCCGCUUCCGGCAGAGCGUGACGGGCUUGGUGAUCGAGAGCACGCGGCCCUCCGACACCGGCACCUACGUGUGCGAGGUGUGGAACAGCUACGGCAACGCCGAGGUUAUCGGGCGUCUCCUGGUGAAACAGCCCCUGAAGGCGGUGAUAAGUCCGCGCAAGGUGAAGGGCAGCGUGGGAAGCCAGGUGUCCCUUUCCUGCAGCGUGACCGGCUCGGACGAGUACGAGCUGUCGUGGUAUCGCAAUGGGGAGGUCAUCUAUCCGGGCAACAACGUGCGGAUCACGGGCAACAACCGUGAGAACUUGGUGAUGGAAGGCAUGGCCAAGAGCGACGGGGGCGCCUACCAGUGCUUUGCGAGGAACGGCAAGAUGUCCGCCCAGGACUUCGUCCAGGUCAUCUUGGAAGAUGGCACCCCGAAGAUCCUGUCAGCGUUCAGCGAGAAGGUGGUGAGCCCCAACGAGCCCGUGUCUCUGGUGUGCAAUGUCAAGGGUACACCGAUGCCCACCGUCUCCUGGACCCUGGAUGACGAGCUGGUGGUGAAGGACAGCAACCACCGAAUGGGCCAGUUCAUCACCAUGGAAGGCAACGUGCUCAGCUACCUGAACAUCUCGAACACCCAGGUCCGGGACGGUGGGGUUUACCGCUGCACCUGCAACAACUCGGCGGGAGUGGUCACCUACCAGGCUCGAAUAAACGUAAGAGGGCCUGCCAGCAUCCGCCCAAUGAAAAACCUCACAGCCAUAGCUGGGCGGGACACCUACAUCCACUGCCGUGUCAUUGGCUACCCGUACUACUCCAUCAAGUGGUACAAGAACUCCAACCUGCUGCCCUUCAAUCACCGGCAGCGGGCCUUUGAGAACAACGGCACGCUGAAGCUGUCCGACGUGCAGAAGGACGUGGAUGAGGGCGAGUACACCUGUUACGUGCUGGUGAAGCCCCGACUGGAAACCAGUCAGAGCGUCUACGUCACCGUCAAAGUGCCCCCCUUCAUCCAGCCCUUCGAGUUCCCACGCUUCUCCAUUGGCCAGCGGGUCUUCAUCCCCUGCGUGGUGGUGUCCGGAGACCUGCCCAUCUUCAUCACCUGGCAGAAAGACGGCCGGCCAAUCCCGGCCAGCCUGGGCGUCACCAUCGACAACAUCGACUUCACCAGCUCGCUGCGCAUCUCCAACCUCUCGCUCAUGCACAACGGCAACUAUACCUGCAUCGCCCGCAACGACGCUGCCGCUGUGGAGCACCAGAGCCAGCUCAUCGUCCGAGUUCCUCCAAGGUUCGUGGUGCAACCGAGAGACCAGGACGGAAUUUACGGAAAAGCCGUGAUCCUGAACUGCUCAGCAGAAGGCUACCCUGUCCCGACGAUAGUGUGGAAGUACUCCAAAGGUGCCGGCGUGCCCCAGUUCCAGCCCAUUGCCCUGAACUCGGGCUUCCGGAUCCAGCUGCUCGUGAACGGCUCGCUGCUCAUCAAGCACGUGCUGGAGGAAGACAGCGGCUACUACCUGUGCAAGGUCAGCAACGACGUGGGAGCCGACGUCAGCAAGUCCAUGUACCUCAACGUGAAAAUCCCGGCCAUGAUCACGUCGUACCCCAACACCACGCUAGCCACGCAGGGCCAGAAGAAGGAGUUGAGUUGCACGGCGCAUGGGGAGAUGCCCAUCAUGGUCCGCUGGGAGAAGGAGGACCGUAUCAUCAAUCCCGAGAUGAGCCGCUAUGUAGUCUCCUUCAAGGAGGUGGGCGACGAGGUCAUCUCCACCCUCCAGAUCUUGCCCACUGUAAGGGAAGACUCCGGGUUCUUUUCCUGUCAUGCAAUCAAUAGUUAUGGUGAAGACAGGGGAAUCAUCCAGUUAACAGUUCAAGAGCCUCCGGACCCUCCAGAGGUGGAGAUCCGAGAAGUCAGGGAUCGGACGAUAGCCCUCCGUUGGACGAUGGGGUUCGACGGCAACAGCCCCAUCACUGGCUACGACAUCGAGUGCAAAAACAAAUCAGCGUCCUGGGGUUCAGCCCAAACAACCAAAGACGUCUCCCCCCAGCUGAACCAGGCCACCAUCAUCGACCUCCACCCCUCCUCCACCUACAACAUCCGCAUGUUCGCCAAGAACCACAUCGGGAAGAGCGAGGCCAGCAACGAGCUCACCAUCACCACCGACGAAGCGGCCCCCGAUGGCCCUCCGCAGGAAGUGCAGCUGGAAGCUAUUUCCUCGCAAAGCAUCAAAGUCACCUGGAAGGCCCCAAAGAAGCACCUGCAGAACGGUAUGAUCCGCGGCUACCAGGUGGGGUACCGAGAGUACAGCACUGGAGGCAGCCACCAGUUUAACAUCAUCAGCGUGGACACCACCGGGGACACUGAGACCAUCACGCUGGACAAUCUGAAGAAGUUCACCCAGUACGGGGUGGUGGUGCAGGCUGGGAACCGUGCAGGCACGGGGCCCUCGUCCCAGGAGGUCAUCGCUACCACCCUGGAGGAUGUUCCCAGUCGUCCUCCUGAGAGUGUCCUGGCCUCCGCCACAUCUCCAGAGACCAUCUCCCUCUCGUGGUCCACCCCUGCCAAAGAAGCACUCAACGGUAUCCUCCAGGGCUUCCGGGUCAUUUACUGGGCCAACCUUCCUGAUGGAGAGCUGGGAGAGAUCAGGAAUGUCACCACGUCUCAACCUUCCCUGGAGCUGGAUGGUCUGGAGAAGUACACCAACUACAGCAUCCAGGUGCUCGCCUUCACGCGCGCGGGUGAUGGAGUACGCAGUGAGCAGAUCUUCACACGGACGAAGGAGGACGUCCCUGGACCCCCUGCUGGAGUGAAGGCUGCCGCCGCCGCCAACUCAGUGGUGUUCGUCUCCUGGCUGCCGCCCCUCAAACUCAACGGCAUCAUCAGGAAGUACACCGUCUUCUGCUCGAACCCCUACCCGACGGUAAUGAGCGAGUUUGAGGCCUCCCCGGACGUGUAUUUCUACCGUAUCCCCAACCUCAGUCGCAACCGUCAGUACAGCAUCUGGGUCGUCGCCGUGACGGCCGCAGGUCGCGGGAAUUCCAGCGACAUCAUCACCGUCGAGCCCCUGGCCAAAGCCCCUGCCCGGAUCUUAACAUUCAGCGGGACGGUGACAACGCCAUGGAUGAGGGACAUAGUCCUACCCUGCAAAGCCGUGGGAGACCCAUCUCCAAGCAUCAAGUGGCUGAAGGGGAGCAAUGGCACCCCUAGCCCAGUCCUGAUCGAUGGACGCCGCAGCGUCCAUAGCAACGGCAGCUUCGUCAUCCGUACUGUGAAAGCAGAGGAUUCUGGGUACUACAGUUGCGUGGCUAGCAAUAGUUGGGGGUCUGAUGAAAUCAUGCUUCACCUGCAGGUUCAAGUUCCUCCCGACCAGCCACGUCUUACGGUAACCAAGACGACCACCACAUCAAUCACCCUGUCCUGGAUACCAGGUGACAAUGGAGGGAGCUCCAUCAGAGGAUACAUCUUGCAGUACUCUGAGGACAACAGUGAGCAGUGGGGCAGCAUUUCCAUCAGUCCCAGUGAACGUUCCUACCGCCUAGAGAACCUCAAGUGCGGCACCUGGUACAAGUUUACACUCACAGCACAGAACGGAGUUGGCCCUGGGCGCAUCAGCGAGAUCAUCGAGGCCAAGACCCACGGCAAAGAACCUCAGUUCCCCAAAGAGCAAGAGCUGUUCGCGAGCAUCAACUCCACCCGCGUCAGGCUGAACCUGAUUGGCUGGAACAACGGCGGCUGCCCCAUCACCUCCUUCACGCUGGAGUACCGACCCGUGGACUCCACCGUUUGGACGACGGCCCAGCGCACUUCCCUGACCAAGAGCUACAUCCUGUAUGACCUGCAGGAGGCAACAUGGUACGAGCUCCAGAUGAAGGUCUGCAACAGCGCGGGCUACGCUGAGAAGAGGGUCAAAUUCGCCACCCUCAAUGCCGAUGGAAGUACCAUACCACCACUGGUGAAGACAGAUGAUGAAAGUAAGAAGAACAUGGUAAGCAACGAGGGCCUGAAGAUGAUGGUAACCAUCUCCUGCAUUCUGGUGGGCAUCGUCUUGCUCUUCGUCCUGCUGCUGGUACUGAGGAGACGGAGGAGAGAGCAGAGGCUGAAGAGACUGCGAGAUGCAAAGAGCUUGGCAGAAAUGCUGAUGAGUAAGAACACAAGGACGCCCGACACAAUGAACAAGCAGCAGCAGACACUUCGAAUGCACAUAGAUAUUCCCAGGGCCCAACUUCUCAUAGAGGAGCGAGACACGAUGGAGACAAUCGACGAUAGGUCUACAGUUCUGCUAACGGAUGCCGACUUCGGGGAGACUUCGAAGCAGAAGUCAUCCACGGUCACGCACACCGUGCACUACCAGUCGCUCUCGCAGGCGACAGGCCCGCUAGUGGAUGUAUCUGAUGCCCGACCUGGAACCAACCCCACUGCCCGCCGCACUGCCAAAGCCGGUCCCGCCACCAGAAACCGCUACGCCAGCCAGUGGACACUGAACAGGCCACACCCACCCGUCUCCUCCCACACUCUGAGCACAGACUGGAGGCUGCCCACACCCCGGGCCACUGGCUCUGUGGACAAAGAGAGUGACAGCUACAGCGUCAGCCCUUCUCAGGACACAGACCGGGCGCGGAGCAGCAUGGUCUCCACGGAGAGUGCCUCCUCCACCUACGAGGAGCUGGCCCGGGCCUACGAGCACGCCAAGAUGGAGGAGCAGCUCCGGCACGCCAAGUUCACCAUCACCGAGUGCUUCAUUUCCGACACGUCCUCUGAGCAGCUGACCGCCGGCACCAACGAGUACACCGACAGCCUCACCUCCAGCACGCCCUCCGAGUCAGGCAUCUGCAGGUUCACGGCAUCCCCACCGAAACCUCAGGAUGGGGGCCGGGUCAUGAACAUGGCCGUCCCCAAGGCACACAGACCAGGAGGCGAGCUGGUGCACCUGCCCCCAUAUCUCCGGAUGGACUUCCUCCUAAACCGCGGGCUCCCAGCAUCCGGGCGCGAGGCGGCCAUGGGCCAGGCCUGCCUGGAGCCUCAGAAGAGCCGCACGCUGAAGCGGCCGGCCCUCCUGGAGCCCACUUCGACUGAGGCGGGGGCAGCGGCGGGGGCGAGUAGCCGCGAGGUGCAGCAAUGGCAGCCCGGGACUGCCUCCACGCUGCCGCAGCGGGAGGGGGGCGACCUGGCCCAGGCCGCCAAAAUGAGCAGCUCCCAGGAGUCACUAUUGGACUCAAGGGGACACUUGAAACAGAGCAGCAACCCUUACGCAAAAUCUUAUACCCUGGUAUAACACAGAGCACGGACAGGACUACAGACACGAGAGCUCUGUCGAGAAAACGGAAGACAAAAAAAAAAACAAACAAAAAAAAAACACACGCACACAGACGCGGACUAUUGAAAACAGAAGCUGUAUAUAUUUCUGACUCCAAAUGGAUGGUUAACUUUCUUUCUUACGCAUUCCUUCCUUUCUUUACCUCUGUCCUUUCUGUUUUCUUUUCUACUUGAGUAUUUGUUUAUUUUAAAACACUUCACGUGAAGAUUGCCAAAAUAAUUUAUUUAAAAGUCGAAAGAGAAAAAUAAUAUUGGAAUUAUUAUAAUGAUGGUGAUGACGACGAUGAUUAUUAUACAGAAACAAAAGAAACGUGUGAGAAGGAGAAGAAGAGGAAACUGGACCAUUUGGUAGGACAACUGCUUUCCUUUUUUUUUGGUCCGAGCAAGAUGCUCUGGGUAACAACCAGAUUUUCUAUCAAGACAAGUCUUCACGUGACAGGAGGCAUUUGUACGAGCGAGAAGAAAUUCCAUUAACGCAAGAUAAGCCGCCCUACUUGUCCAGUCUUCUCAGAUUGUUGAGUCUUUUAAUCAAUUUCCUAUGAUUGCAUGGGAACUGAGGAAGGUAAUGGCUGGAAAUCCCACUGAGAAUUUUGUCACAUUAUGAAAUUAUAAAAUGUGAAGAUUUAUUAUAUAUAUAUAAAUAUAUAUAAAUAUAUAUAAAAGAAAUCAAUUUAUUUGUGGAUAUUACAGGGAAAAAAAUUGAUUUGAUUAAUAAAGUCCUUAGUCAUGUUUGCACAAAUCUGGUUUUAAUUAGGAAAUGGAGGCAACUGGCGAUUAUUUAACAGCCCCCCCCCCUCCCCUUUCCCAAACGGAAACAGAGCAGGCGGCCGCGUGAUCGAGCCGAGGUCGUGAGCACGCACCGCCGCGCAGACGUUCUGCAAUAAUUUAUCCAGGUGUUAAUGGUUUAUGCACAGGUCACCCACUUGGUAAGUGGCGUUUCUUUCUGCGUGGGUGCUGCUCGCACGCACUGGCGUUCCUUUCAAGACCAAAGAAGCACCUCGACUUUGUCGACCACUCGCGGUCAAGCCAGCAGUAAGUCGGGUGGGGUUGGGGGGGGGUGAUGUCGGUUACCCCCGUCGUUUAACGUCACUGCGUCGCGACGCCUCUCCUCUGUCUUCGCGGAAACUGUGACAAUCCAGCGAAUAUGUCCUCCACCCGCCAAUGCCCCCUCCCCCUUGCCCAAUACCAUGCCGCCAAAAAUCGUAACCGCAACUAUACUCCGACUGUCAUCGCUGUCAUGCACAACCAGCCCUUUCCUUGCAGAAGAGAGGUGAACACCUGAGGGUAGACGAUGGCACGAUCAUAAACCAUUUCUACUGGAGUUGUUCUGUGAGACCUUUUCGAAAUGAGCCCAGCUAGGCCCGUGGUAUCUAUCACGCUGUGCUUCCCUUUUGAAAAAGCUCUCGUCCCAUCGAUAGACGCGGUAAUUAAAUCUCAGCCAACAGAUGGCGCCAUGUGGUUAUGGGAAGUGUGUUAUUUUUUUGCAGCGUGAAUGUCAAGGAGAUGCGUUAACACUCUGCGUUGAAGCGAAACCAUGACAAUCUUAAAGGGAGGAUCUGGAACAGUGAUAAUGACGCUGUUUCUGGCUGUGGCCGUACAGAAAGAACUGAGUUGUUAUUCCGCAUUGAGAUGAGAUAAUGUCAGAGAUCAAUUGAAUACUUUUGCACUGGCCUCUUACUGCCUGCAGAGGGCAGUGUGACAGAAUAAAGAAGCUUGGCACUACACUGGCCUUUCACUAUGCCUGAAGGAGAGGCUGAAAUCGUCAAAUAUGCCUCGGUGGAAUGCUAAGAAUGUUGUUUUGGUGCAAUACUAGGUCCUUGGUUCCUUUACCAAACAUAAUGUGUGUGCGCACAUUAAGUGUAACGUUCCACAGAAAACAAGAAGCUCUACCCAGGAAUAUCAGCAUGUAGGGCAUUAAAAAAAUCAGCAGACAACACUUUGUAUUCAUAAUCUGUAUUGUGUUUUAAAACUUGAAGAUGUUUUAAGAUCCAGUGCGUUUUCUCCUCCAAUAUACAUUAAGUGCGUUGGUGUGUAUAUGUAUGCACACAUAUUAAAACAUUCAGCAUUACCCGACAUUUGGCUACUCCAAGAGACUUUUCUGAAUGAUUUUCAAAGUUAAAGGCAGAGAAGUAAAGUAGGCAACAAUUUACCAUUCCAUGAUGGCAGCAAUGUUUUAGAAUUUGUCUCCUUUGCCGUCGCUGUAGCAGGACUCCAGUUUGGGUAUUUUACAGGCAUACUGGUGGGCUGCCUUCAGUUUUAGUCAGGAUGGUAUGAAAUUUGGAAAAACAGGGCACCAACAAUAUGUUUUCGUUUGUUUUUGUCUUUGCUCCACUUAUCCUGAAAGGAGGUGUGAACCACACUGCUGGAUGCGAAGGGUCGUUCUCUGAGUAAAACGUAACCUGCAAAUGUGAGGCUUCUCUGAUUAUCAGAGACCCCCCCCCCCC